UCCUCGGAGCUUAUACCUUUAUUUUAUUACACGCAGAAUAGAAGUCACUAAUAUAUUUUGUCUUCAAUGGAUUCAUUGUUAGCUGUCAGACACGAACAAGAACCAGCCUAACUAUUUAAUCAACUAGCCCUAUCUUACUUAAUACUGUAAAAUGAAUAAACCAUGUAUUCAUAGCUCCUAAUUCUCUUCUCUUUCAUCAUCCCGCCCUUCCUAUACGGCAGGCAAUCCACCCGACUGCUCGGUUCUAUCGUACUCCUCCCCACCACACACAAGCUACUCGGCAAAUUGAAACCCAGUACUUCGGGAACACAGCUUAGCGAGGUAGCUACCUAGCUAGAAUCAAAUACCGAUUCAAUCGAUCUAACUUGCAUGUGCGGUAACGGUCUCGGGUUCCCUUUUUUUUCUCGUUGCGCCGAGUCAAUUUCCACCACUACCGUGCAAGACAAUUCUGGUGACUUGCCAAAGACUUUCGACCACGACGACAUAAUUCUACCGGGGGAGAUAGGUUCUCGAGACGAGAGCAAUUCCGAGUUGGACGGGGAGCGAGUAAACGGAGUACUUGGGACGAGGGCAUCAUGUCGACUACUGCUGGUGCCUUCGUGGCCGGCGGUAUAGCUGCCGUCGGAGCUGUCACGGCAACACAUCCCUUCGAGACGGUUAAGAUUCGAAUGCAGCUUCAAGGCGAACUCCAAACGAAAGGCCACCAACCACACCACUACCGUGGGCCCUUCCACGGCGUCGGCGUCAUCGUACGGAACGAGGGUCUGCGCGGCAUAUAUCGGGGUAUUGGAUGCGCAUACGUCUACCAAGUCCUGCUGAACGGAUGUCGACUCGGUUUUUACGAGCCAAUGCGCAAUGGUCUUGCCACGCUACUUCUCAAAGACGGUACCAAGCAAAACCUGGGUAUUAACAUGUUCUGCGGCGCAUCGUCCGGUAUCAUCGGAGCCGCGGCGGGUAGCCCGUUUUUCUUAGUCAAGACGAGGUUACAAAGUUUCUCGCCUUUCUUGCCUGUGGGAACGCAGCAUAAUUAUCGCAAUGCGUUCGAUGGCCUUUCGCAGAUUUAUAAAGCCGAGGGCUUUGGUGGAUUAUACCGUGGUGUCGGUGCGGCGAUGAUAAGGACGGGUUUUGGUAGUUCGGUGCAGUUGCCAACAUAUUUCUUUGCGAAGAGACGGUUGGUCAGGCAUUUGGGGAUGGAGGAGGGCGCGCCGUUGCAUUUGGCAAGUAGUACGGUGUCGGGAUUCGUCGUGUGUUGUUUUAUGCAUCCGCCCGACACAAUUAUGUCCCGACUAUAUAACCAAAACGGCAACUUAUAUAAGGGUGUCUUUGACUGCCUAGGCAAAACGAUCAGGACUGAAGGUUUCUUUGCUAUAUACAAAGGCUUUUUACCCCAUUUGGCCCGAAUAUUACCGCAUACCAUCUUAACUCUAAGUUUGGCAGAACAGACGAACAAGCUCGUGCGCAAGAUCGAGAAGAGGAUAUUACCGGCUUCGCCACUAGGCAAAGCUUGAGGCUACUAAACUAAGCCAAGUUAAAUGAGACAGCGACGGCACAAAUGAUCAGGGGAGGAAUAAAGAUGAGGGUAUGGUCUAGAAAGUAGGAUCUUCCGCGAGAUCCACUUGAAUAUUCGUAUCAUGAUUGCAAUACCAGUCGGUGACUACAAUGAAUCCGUUAUAGAGGGGAUUGCGGAUCGACAAUGGACCUAACUACCUAUAAAUACUCGAAAAUGCUAGGUUCGGAGUACUCUUAGACACGGAAAAGUCAAAUUACAUAUAUGCUGUCACUGAAGUAGCUUCCUCAUAUAUGGGAGGUAGAUAGGAGUUCAAACCAAAAGGUGUCGGUGAAUAAAU